AAGAGCCCCGCCCCCAUGACUCUGGCUGAACUAACAAAACAAGUCCAGAUGAGAAUCACAUUACACACACACACACACACACACACACACACACACAUACACACACACACACACACACACACACACACCUGUGAGGAAUGUAGGAGUCACUUCAGGGAAAACACAGGAAUAUCUGCUCUCUCCAUUUUCACACUGGAGGUCAGAGAACAGACGGAACACACGACGCCUCUUCAGGCUCCGGCCUCCACCCUGGACCGGUUCUCCGUGCGCAGGAACAGCAGCCGUAGCGGAGCUCUCUGCAGACCCCAGCACACCUCCAGCACCUCCAGCCCUGACCACACACUCUCAGCCAGCAGCGACUCCGGCCUCUCCAGUGUCUCUCUGCCCACUGCGGCUCCGGCUUCAGCUUUGGGUCCCGGGACAGCGGCCCCCAGCCGGCAGGAGCGUGCGGAGCUGAAGAGGCUGCUGAGUGGCUGCGGUGUGGAGGAAUGGAGCCGGGAUCGCAGCUCACAGGAGCCGGCUGUCGCACACACACCACCCACUCCACAUAUACUCCUGAACGGGCGCGCGCGGCAGAAAGAGCGGGAGACCGACAUCCUGGAUGAUGAAGUGUCUCGGCACGACCUGCACAGCCUGGACAGUCUGGGAACUCUGUCCUCCUCCUGCCACAAGAGCAGCCAGAACUCUCUGCUGUCAGACGGGUUUGGGAGUCCGGCCCGUGCUGAAGAGGCGGCUACGGCUCCACCCGCACACCUGUACCUGAACACCGGAUACUCCACCAUGAACUCCGGUUACCCCACACAGACCUGGGUGCACCAGCAGCAGAUGGUGGCAGCGCUGCAGUACUCAUACCUGCCAGAGGAGGACGCUGUAGAGCAGCGAUUCCACAACCACACGCAGGACACAUCGAGACACCCCACCGUGGCGAACAGCCCUCCGCUGGUUCCAGAGAGAAAACAGACGGACAAGAAGCACGAUGAGGAGUUCAGUUCCCUGACGCUGGACAUCGAUAACUCCAUCCACCAGCUCAACCAGCUCAUCCUGGACCUGGAUCCCACAUUCCUGCCCGUGUCCAGCAAACCCAGCUCACUGGAGAGACCCGCGGACCGGAACGGGAACACACAGCGGCAGGAGAGAUCCAGGGCCACCGCUGCUGAUGAGGACGCCGCUGCAGUUCCCCUCUCUCACCUGAUUCUGAUGGAUUAUUUUGAUGAUGGUGAUUUUGAUUGUGUUGAUGAUGAAGAUGAGGAUGAGGAUGAUGAUUUUGGUGAUUAUGAUUUCAGUGAUGAUUAUGAUUUUGAUGGUGAUGAUGUGAAGGGGGAUUUUGAUGAUGAACAGGAUGAUUAG